CAUGCAGCGGGUGAUGUCCAAGGAAAGAUGGCGGAAGGAGGAGCGGCUGAUCUGGAUACCCAGAGAGGAGAAGUCGCAGCACUGCUGAAAACACAGCUACGAAAGGGAGAUACUUGGUACCUAGUGGACAGCCACUGGUUCAAACAGUGGAAGAAAUAUGUGGGCUUUGACAGCUGGGACAAAUAUCAGAUGGGAGACCAGAAUGUCUACCCUGGACCAGUGGACAACUCGGGGCUCCUUACAAGUGAUGGGGAUGUUCUGGCCAUCAAGGAGCACCUCAUUGAUGAGCUGGACUACAUCCUGAUCCCAACAGAAGGCUGGAAUAAGCUAUUGAGCUGGUAUCCACUGAUGGAGGGACAAGAGCCUAUCUCACGCAAGGUGGUAGAACAGGGUAUGUUUGUGAAGCACUGCAAGGUGGAGGUGUACCUCACAGAACUGAAGCUGUGUGAAGACCGCAACAUGGACAACGUGGUCACCAGACGCUUCAGCAAAGCGGACACGAUAGACACCAUUGAGAAGGAGAUGCGUAAACUGUUCAGUAUCCCAGACGAGAAAGAGACCAGGUUGUGGAACAAGUACAUGAGCAACACGUUUGAGCCUCUGAACAAACCGGACAGCACUAUACAGGACGCAGGACUCUACCAAGGACAGAUAUCCAUGCAGGUCCUGGUAAUAGAGCAGAAGAAUGAGGAUGGAUCGUGGCCUAGAGGUUCCUCUGCACCUAAGUCAUCUGGUACUUCCAAUCUUUCUGCUUUGCCAAAGAUCUCCCCUUCAUCUCUCACAAACAAUCAUAACAGCAGCUUCAACAGCAGGAAGAUCUCCCUGCAGAUCCCCUUCCUGUCAACCCACUCCUCACUGUACAGCGCCAGCUUGGUCCGCUCUGGGAUUGAAUAAUGGAUAGGGUGCUAUUUUAAUCUGGGAUGUUUCAAACCAGGAUUAAGUAUGCUAGGAUGCGUCUUUUGUCUUUGACUGUUUGAUUGUGGAUAGGGUGGGACGAGAUGCAUAUGUUCUGAGCCACUGUCCCUAGACUCCCUGUGUACAGUGAGUCCUUUCGUUUGCAUUUUCUAUGCAUUCCCUCUUCUUCCUCUCUCUCUGAGCUUAUUGUGCUGCAUGUUCUGCAGUCCGUGUGACCUUCAGAAUGCAUUUCAUCUGCACUCUCCCCCUUUCCACCUCCUCUCUCUCUCUCUCUCUCUCUCUCUCUCUCUCUCUCGCUCUCUGUGUGUGUUGUGACACAGAUGCCUACUUAAUUAUUCUCCUCACAUCCUCCUCCAGCUAUGCUCUCUACUCCGGCUACAGUAGAUUCUUAAGGAGACCCAGUUAUAUGAAUACCUAAUUGCAUAUUAAAGAAGCUAGCUAGCUACUAGAGAAAGUACCUGUAUUUGGCCACAAUGCAUUCUUCAGCCUCAGCAGGAAUUCUCUGCUGUCAGGCCCCCUCUGUCACCCCCCCCUGCUAUUAACCCUCCCUUUUCUUGAGCUCUCUCAUCCCUCUAUCUUGAUAGGAACAUCCCCUUUCUUUUCUUUACCCAUCUGUCUCUCUCCUGUACCGCUUCCUCUCUUUCACCCUACAUCUCUCCUUCUCCUGUACCACUCUGUACUCCACCUCUAUCUUGUCUCCCCUCUCCCUUCACCACUCCCCCCUCGCUCUCUCUCUCCAUCUGUGUACCUCUACUUCCUGAAGCGGAUUCUUGACCAUCGUCGUAGCUUAGCUAGCUGCUGCUAUAAAUAGGCUAUCCUUUGGUAGCAGCAAGGCAGAGCACACGUCAGGGCAGGGGCAUGCUAGAGGGCAGGGAUUGACACUGUCACAUAGCAGGGCUCGGAGAGCGAGUGAGAAGAGGCACUGCAAAACUUGAACACUGACUGAGGAGGAGGAGGGAGUUUUUUUUUCGUUAGCUGUGUUUGACUGUGUUGUGCUCGGGACAGGCCUCGCUUUACUGUGCCUCUCUGCUGCGUGUCUGAACUGAACUGGGAUUUAGAUCUGGGACCAAGGCCUGGGCAAGGAGUGAGCUGAGCUACAACUGGACUUUGGGAUCGGAUUAGGACUGGAUCGAACUAAGCCCCGGACUCGGGCCGCGUUAUGGAGAUGGAUUUUGUGAGGCCGGUGUCUGAUGGUUAAAGCGUUUGAGAUGAGAUGCUCCUGUGCUGCUGGUGGUGCCUGAGGACAGAGCUGAGGACAGAGCUGAGGACAGAGCUGAGGACAGAGCUGAGGACAGAGCUGAGGACAGAGCUGAGGACAGAGCUGAGGACGAACGCCUUGACAGAUUUAGACAGGAGCAGGGUGGUGGUGGAGAGAGUGCUGAGCUGUGAACAGGCUGCUAAUGCUAACACUUCUACUGCUGGGGCCGGUGGUGGUAUUACUGGUGGUGCUGCUACACCACCCCUUGAUCAAUGGGACGCAGCGUCGCCCUACUCCCAGAGGUCUGACUGUUAUUGCUGUAGCAAGUCCUUUUGCUGUACCUCAAGGCUUUAGGGUUGAGGCUAUAUGCAAAGUGUUGUCUUUAAGAUGUGCUGACUAUGUCCUCAGGUUUAGAGUAAUUAUUGGGCGCUAGGGUUGGGCGACAACAACCUUUGUCCUAUCGUGAUUAUCCAUAAAACAUUGAUAUAUGAAUCUAUUGCCCGCCUUAGCCACACCCCCAAAAAGUAAAAUAACAAAUAAAUAAGCAUUUUAAACAUCCGCUAAAACAGAAGUUGGGCUGUGGCACGAAAUGGAAUGAAACUAUGGAUUUUGACAAAAGAUGGUGAAAGCCUGGGUAGAGGCUAAGUUCAGGCAAUGGCAAAUCUUUGGGGAGCAGUGACUGUCUGAUGAACGAGCUCUCUUACCGUAGUGAGCUAGGUUACAGGCCAAAUCAAACUACUUCCUAAGCGCUUAUGGCAGACUGUUAGUGAACACGCUAAAUUCCGGAAAACAGUUAAUUCACUGAAGCCAGGUAAUUCUGCUACUUCCCUGCCUAAACUUUUUCAGUAAUAAUGUAGGAAACUGCUAAGAUUUAUGAUGCUUUUAAUCAGCAUUUUAUCUCUGCUGGUUUCCUAUUUAAAGAAAUGGUCAUCAUACUGGUUUUGGCCAGCCAGUUGACUGUUUGUCCCACGUACAGCCUCCAGUUGCCUCGAUGGAUAAUCAGUCAACCUCACGUGACUUGGGAAAUGGUAGUCUCGGUUUUUCUUUUUGGCAACUCAGAGAAACAGCAGUUAUUGCUGCAUUAUUAACUAUUGACACUAAGAAGUCAUUAGAGGCUGACAUUUUGGACCCGUCUGAGUAAGCAUGCAGCGCCUCUCAUUGCUGGCACAGUAACACACACUUUUUAAAAUUUAACUUCAGUAUCAGGAAAUAUUCCAAGUGUGGAAAGCAGCUUUGGUGCUAUCACUCCGUAAGGGUGGGGAUAGUAGUGAUAUCGAUAAUUAUCAACCCAUUUCCAGGCUCCCCUGUCUUGCGAAAAAAAAAACUAGAAUCAUUGGACCACAAACAGCUACAUUAUUAUACAUUAUCUGUAAGUGGUGUACUUAAUGUUAAUCAAUACGGAUUCAGAACUAAACAGCACCACUACGGCUACCAUGCUUGUUGUAAAUUAUAUUGCAAAUGCCUUAAAGUAUUGUGCUGCCAUGUCUGUUGAAUAAGCUGUCCUCGAUAGGGUUGGGAACUGAUGCUUGCCAAUGGUUUCAUAAUUAUCACAAUGACAAGGUAUAUGGGAUCAAAUCUGAGUUCCUUGACUUGCAUAAUGUAGCUCAGUUGGUAGAGCAUGGCGCUUGUAACACCAGGGUAGUGGGUUCAAUCCCCGGGACCACCCAUACGUAGAAUGUAUGCACACAUUACGUAAGUCGCUUUGGAUAAAAGCGUCUGCUAAAUGGCAUAUAUUAUAUAUAUUAUAAAUAUUAUUUUUGUACAGUCUACUGUAUUUAAAUAAAUAAAUAUAUAUAUAUAUAUUAGUAAUUAUUUAGAUGCAGAUGAUAGUGUUGAUCAGCUUUAAUAUUGCAGACUGACUUGUAUCAAUGUAAUUGUUUGCCUAAUUCCCAAUCCCCCAUAUUUUAUUUAAAUAUAUUUUCCUUAUGGUUCCCUAACCCUACCACUCCUCCCCUAAUUGGAGUAAACUAAUGGAAAAUACUUAGACUUCUACUUCCACUACAUACAUACAGUUAAUUCAGAAAGUAAUCGGUGCCCUUCAUUUUCACCACAUUUUGUUAUUGUAAAAUGUAUUUAAAAAUAUUUUUUAAUCGCUUCAAUCUUCACACAAUACCCCAUAAUGACAAAGCGAAAACAGGUUUUUAGAAAUGUUGGCAAAUGUAUAAAAAAUUAAGAUACCUUAUGUAAAUAAGUACUCAGACUCUUUGCUAAGAGACUUAAUUGAGCUCAGGUGCAUCCUGUUUCCAUUGAUCAUCUUUGAGAUGUUUUUGCAACUUGAUUGGAGUCCAACCCUGGUAAAUUCAAUUGAUUGGACAUGAUUUGGAAAGGCGCACACCUGUCUAUAUAAGGUCCCACAUUUGACCGUGCAUGUCAGGGCAAAAACCAAGCCCUGAGGUCGAAGGAAUUGUCCGCAGAGCUCAGGGACAGGAUUGUGUCGAUUUACAGAUCUGGGGAAGGGUACCAAAACACACAGUGGCUUCCAUCAUUCUUAAAUGGAAGAGGUUUGGAACCACCAGAACUCUUCCUAGAGCUGGCUGCCCGGCCAAAUUGAGCAAUCGGGAUCGAGGGAAAGAUCCAGGCUGUAUCACAACCGUCUGUGAUUGCCAUAGGGCGGCUCACAAUUGGCCCAGCGUCGUCCGGGUUUGGCCGGUGUAGGCCGUAACUUACAAUUACGGCCUACACCGGCCAAACCUGUAAGUAAGAAUUUGUUCAGCUGACUUGUCUAAUUAAAUAAAGGUUACAUUUAUAAAACAGAGCGAAGUACAGAGAUCCUGUACAGCUAAGACAACGCAGGAGUGGUUUUGGGACAAGUCUCUGAAUGUCCUUGAGUGGCCCAGCCAGAACCUGGACUUGAAACAAAAUAUUUGUGUAGCUACGCUCCCCACCCAACCUGAAAGCGCUUGAGAAGAUCUACAGAGAGGCUCUGCAGAGAAGAAUGGGAGAAACUCUCCAAAAACAGGUGUGCCAAGCUUGUAGCGUCAUACCCAGGAAGACUUGAGGCUGAAAUUGCUGCCAAAGGUGCUACAAUAAAGUACUUAGUAAAGGGUCUGAAUACUUCUGUAAAUGUGAUAUUUCAUUUUUUCCUGUUUUGAUACAUUCGCAAAUAUGUUUUUUUUUGGUGUGGAAUUUGUCAUUAUGGGGUGUUGUUGUGUUUAGAUUGAUGAUGGGGGGGGGUGGGACAAUUUUAAUCCAUUUUAGAAUAAGGCUGUAACAAUGUGGAUAAAGUCAAGGCCUGAAUACUUACCAAAUGCAGUGAAUACUUUUUAUGUCCACUACAUUUUACUUCAAUUAUCCCGCUUUUCCUUAUAGUCCCACCUGUCAGCUACCCUCGACAUUUCAAUCUGUCUCUUACCCAUCCAGUUUGGAUUUCUACCUGCCAUAUAUUUUUAAACUGUGCUGCUACCACCUGGGUACUCUACCAUGGACCUUAGAGGUUGCUGUCCUAUGUGCUGUACAUAGUCGUGGAACACUGGUCACUUAAUAAUGUUUACAUACUGUUUUACCCACUUCAUAUGUACACUACAUGACCAAAGAUUUGUGGACACCUUGUGGAACGUCUCAUUGCAAAAUCAUGGGCAUUAAAAUGUGGUUGCUUCCCCCUUUGCUGCUAUAACAGUCUCCACUCGUCUGGGAAUGCUUUCCACUAGAUGUUGGAAUAUUGCUGUAGGGACUUGCUUCCAUUCAGCCACCAGCAUUACUGAGGUCGGGCACUGUUUGGUGAUUAUGAUGAAGGUGCUACAUUGAAAGUCACUGAGCUCUUCAGUAAGGCCAUUCUACUGCCAGUGUUUGUCUAUGGAGAUUGCAUGGCGGUGUGCUCAAUUGUAUACACCUGUCAGCAACGGGUGUGGCUGAAAUAGCCAUUUGAAGGGUUGUCCACAUACAUUUGUGUUUAUAGUGUAUGUACUUUAUUCUAGUUGAUCCCUAUACUCUAACUAUUGCUGUACAUGUACUAUUCAGAUAUACUACAUUUUCUAUCCUUAAAAUGUCAAAACAUCCCAUGUAUGUACAAGCACACAGCCAUGCAAUCUCCAUAGAGAAACACUGGCAGUAGAAUUGCCUUACUGAAGAGCUCCUUGACUUGCAAUGUGGCACUGUCAUGGAAGCCACCUUUCCAAGAAGUCAGUUUGUCAAAUGCCUACCCUGCAAGAGCUGCCCCGGUCAACUGUAAGUGCUGACAUUGUGAAGUGGAAACGUCUAGGAGCAAAAGCGUCUCAGCCACUCAGAACGGGACCGCCGAAGAACGUAAAAAUCGUCUGUCCUCGGCUGCAAUACUCACUACCGAGUUCUAAACUGCCUCUGGAAGCAAUGUCAGCACAGUAACUGUUCGUCGGGAGCUUUGUGAAAUUGCCGAGCAGCCCCGCACACAAGCCUAAGAUCACCAUGCGCAAUGCCAAGCGUCGGCUGGAGUGGUGUAAAGCUCUCCGCCAUUGGAAUCUGGAGCAGUGGAAACACGUUCUCUGGAGUGAUGAAUCAUGCUAAACUAUCUGGCAGUCCGGCGGACGAAUCUGGGUUUGGCGAUAGCAUUGUCUUUAUGCAUCUUUAUGCACUAUACAUUGGGCAGGCCUGCAUAGUGCCAACUGUAAAGUUUGGUGGAGGAGGAAUAAUUGUCUGGGGCUGUUUUUCAUGGUUCAAGCUAGGUCCCUUAGUUCCAAUUAAGGGAGAUCUUAUUGCUACAGCAUACAGUGAUGUACUAGAUGAUGUGCUUCCAACUUUGUGGCAACAGUUUGGGGAAGGCCCUUUUCUGUCAGCAUGACAAUGCCCCGUUCAUAAAGCGAGUUCCAUACAGAAAUGGUUUGUUGAGAUCGGUGUGGAAGAACUUGACUGGCCUGCACAGAGCCCUGUCCUCAAUCCCACCGAACACCUUUGGGAUUAAUUGGAACGCCUACUUCGAGCCAUGCCUCAUCGCCAGACAUCACUGCCCAACCUCACUAAUGCUCUGUGGGCUGAAUGGAAGCAAGUCCCUGCAGCAAUGUUUCAACAUCUAGUGGUAAGCCUUCACAGAAGAGUGGAGGCUGUUAUAGCAGCAAAGGGGGGACCAACUCCAGAUUAAUGCCCAAGAUUUUGGAAUUAGAUUUAUGAUGAGUAGGUGUCCCCCCCCCACACACACCACAAGACUAUAAGUAUCUCACACACUGAACAAAAAAUGUAAACAUGUAAAGUGUUUGUCCCAUGUUUCGUGAGCUGAAAUAAUGUCCCUGAAAUCUUUCAUACGUACAUAAAUCUUAUUUUUAAAUUUGUGCACAAAUUGUCUACAUCCCUGUUUUAUUGAGCAUUUCUCCUUUGACAAGAUAAUCCAUCCACCUGACAGGUGUGGCGUAUCACAAAGCUAAUUAAACUGCAUGAUCAUUACACAGGUGCACCUGUGGACACCUGUGGACAUUAAAAGGCCACAAAAUAUGCAGUUGUCUCAACACAAUGCCACAUGUCUAAAGUUUUGAAGGAGUGUGCGUUUGGCAUGCUAACGGCAGGAAUGUCCACCAGAACUGUUCCCAGAGAAUUGAGUGUUAAUUUCUAUAUCAUAAGCCACCUCCAACGUCGUUUUAGAGAAUUUGGCAUAACAUCCAACCGGCCUCACAACAGCAGACCAUGUGUAACGACGCCAGACCAGGACCUCCACAUCCAGCUUCUUCACAUGCAGGAUCGUCUGAGGAGGGGUGGGGGAUUUCUUGGGUGUAUUUCUGUCUGUAAUAAAGACCUUUUUGUGGGGAAGAACUCAUUUUGAUUGGCUGGGCCUGGCUUCCCAGUUGACAGCCCUGCCCAGUCGUGAAAUCCAUAGAUUACGGCUUAAUUUAUGAUGCAUGUUUUAUUUUUGUUAUUGUUUUUAUUUCCAUCUAUCACAUCACAAAGUUGUCACCAUCUGUUGGCUCUCAAUAAUUGUCAAUAGACAAUGCUAUCAUAAUAUCACCCGACCCUAUUGGGAGCUGUGCUAUAUACUGUAGGUGUUUUCGUUUUUUUAUGUUGGUUUCAGCUUUUUGUUUUUAUUGUACAAUUGUGUUCUCUUACUUUGUACCUUUCUCCCCACACUGAAUGAGAAUUUAGAAAGACCUUAUGGGAAGAAAUUGUGUUUGGGUGGUUUGAAUUGAAAUGUUUAAGGUUUGUGUGUGGGCACUAGCCUUUGUAUUUAUUAAGGAUCCCCAUUACUCUUUCUGGGGCCCAAACAAGAUUAAGGCAAUUACUUAACAAAAAUAAAUUGAACGGUACGUCAUUCAAACAGCACAUUAUUGCGCCACUACUUUAUGCCUGCAUUUGUUUGGUAACAUCCAGUAAUUAUAUCCAGCCAUAUGAAAUAGGCUAAGUCCAUGUUCUCUAUUUAUUCCUGACUCAUGUUAUGUAACCU